UCGCUUCAGUCCUUAACUGAACUUUUUUUUCAUCUUACGGUUUCCAUUUACCCUUCCAGUGUUGUCAUGGAUUGUGAGCACCAGAGCAAACUUAGCAAAGCUGAGAAGAAGGCUUGGAGGAAGCAGGUCAAAGCCAGACACACUUUACUGAGACAUGAAGGCAUCGAGGCUGUGUCCUAUGCCACUCAGAGCCUGGUAAUUGCCAAUGGUGGUUUGGGUAACAGCGUUGGUAGGAGCCGGCUGCUCCCUGUUUUGGAGGCAUGCGGAGUAGUGGAUGCUCUCCUGAUGCCUCCUAAUAAGCCCUACUCGUUUGUAAGAUACAGAACUACGGACGAAUCCAAGAAAGCCUAUGCUAACCUCAACGGAAAGGAAAUAGAGGAUGACUUGGGACAAAAGAUUGUUCUGUACUUGAAUUUUGUGGAAAAAGCACAGUGGAAGCAAUUGGGACUUCAAACCUUCCCUUCCGGUCUCACAGUAAUAGAAAAUAUUGUUUCUCCUGACGUUGAACAGUUUCUUCUAGAAAGUAUUAACUGGACAGAAGAUGCAGAUAAUCAAAAUUUUCAAAAAUCCUUAAAACAUCGACGAGUAAAGCAUUUUGGUUAUGAAUUUCACUAUGAGAACAACAAUGUGGAUAAAGAUAAACCAUUACCUGGGGGUCUUCCUGACAUUUGUGAUGACAUUUUGGAUUCAUGGUUGAAAGAAGGUUUCAUUAACUAUAAACCAGAUCAGUUAACUGUAAACCAAUAUGAACCUGGACAUGGCAUUCCUGCGCACGUUGACACACAUUCUGCCUUUGAGGAUGAGAUCAUUUCUCUCAGUCUGGGCUCCGAGAUUGUCAUGGAUUUUAAGCAUCCAGAUGGUGCCACAGUGCCAGUUCUGUUGCCUCGUCGGAGUUUGCUGGUGAUGAGGGGCGAAGCUCGGUACCUUUGGGCUCAUGGAAUCACACCCAGAAAAUUUGAUACUGUUCAGGCAUCCCAGGGUCACAAAGGCGGAAUUAUCAUCAGCGACACAGGGGAUCUAACUUUGCACAAGAGGGGAGUGCGCGUGUCAUUCACGUUUCGGAAAGUGAGGAAGACGCCCUGUAACUGCAGUUACCAUUUGGCCUGUGACAGCCAGACAGAGCCUGGCCCCACAUUCCCUGAGAGUGAAGGAGCAGCCUCACAGCUGGAGCAAGAUUACGUCCAUCGAGUGUAUGAAGAGAUCGCCAGACACUUCAGCAGCACAAGACAUUCCCCGUGGCCACACAUUGCGGAGUUCCUGAGGACUCUGCCAGCUGGCUCGAUAGUGGCCGAUAUUGGCUGUGGAAAUGGGAAAUAUCUUGGCAUCAAUAAGGAGUUAUUUAUGGUUGGCUGUGACCGCAGCUCCAGUCUCGUGGACAUUUGUCGAGAGAGGCAGUUCCAGGCCUUCGUUUGUGAUGCCCUGGCAAUACCGAUUCGCAGUGGGUCGUGUGAUGCCUGCAUCUCUAUUGCUGUUAUCCAUCACCUGGCAACCACUGAGCGUCGAGUGGCAGCUCUUCAAGAACUCUUGAGACUCCUGCGGCCCGGGGGGAAGGCCCUCAUUUACGUCUGGGCAAUGGAACAAGAAUAUAACCAGAAGAAGUCCAAGUAUCUUCGAGAACACAGAACUAGCCCAGGAGCAAAGGAGGAGACCAGUGAAUGUGUGUCAGUGCAGGAACUGCCUGUGGGGCAGAUGGCUAAUGUGGGCGAGGGACGGUCAGCACACUCAGACCCCCUCGAUAAUGACCUCCGGCAGGACGGGGGCCUGGCCAGGGACAUUCCUCAUCCGAAACUGCCCGUUCACACCAACAGGACUUCUUUUCAUUCUCAAGACUUGCUGGUUCCCUGGCACCUCAAGGGAAACUCUGCUAAAAACCCUGCCGGGCCACUGGGCUCAGCGGGGCCUGUGCUCCAUCGCUUCUACCAUGUAUUCCGGGAGGGCGAGUUGGAGAAUGUCUGCCGGGCUCUGCAUGGUGCCACUGUUCUGCGGAGCUACUACGAUCAGGGGAAUUGGUGUGUGAUUCUUGAGAAGAUCUGAUUCUUUGAGGCCGGAGAGAGUGCCUAUGGGUUAGUUAGGCACUUGCCUUGUAUGUGGUUGAGCCUGGUUUGAAUCCCCAGCACCCCAUAGGAGCACUGCCAGAGUGAUCCCUAUGUACAUCUGGGUGUGGCUCCCAAGGCCCCUCCCUCCACAAAACAAAACAAUAAAGGUUUGACUGUUGCCAUGAACAUACUAUGCAGCAGGGAACAAA